UAUUCUCUUUCUUUCACAGUACGAUGCGGCCGAACUUUGCCCUGCUCUAUAUUUGUUUCUACGCUCUCCUGUCAAGUGGAACGUCAAGUGGUGACGACAGACGAUGGCUGGUUUCGCUCGUGGACCUCGUGGAGUUUGACUACCAAGACCAGUGCGAUCAAAGAGCUACAGCCGCUUGGGAAGAAAUAUUAGGUAGCAGCAAAGGGUUGUCUUUAAAGUUAGAACGUGAUAAAGGUUUCGGAAUAUUUGCGAGAAAGCAAAAAACAGACGUGGAGAGUGCGUUCACGACGCACGCGUUAUCAGCCGAUGAUGACACGCUGCGGCGACGUGUCAAACUACUGCUGCAACCGGGGGACGCACUGCUCGACACACAGCAAUGGAUACGACUGAUGACGUUCGCUGAUAAUUCAUUAAAUCGGAUACGAAUGUCAAAUGAUUACGACUGCGGAGCGAACACUACCUGUACUUUGAGAGAAUUACACAACAGUUUCGCCCGAGAACAAGAUGAAAGGAUUUUACGACAAAUGAAACUAUCAUGGGAGAGCCACCUACCCAAUCUGCAUGAAUAUUUAGAGAGCAUUUUACCAUUGCUGAGAAACGCCUCGAAGGAAAAUCAAUACGAGAGUGUCGAAGAGUACUGGGACGCUCUAUGCGAACUAGAGGGUGCGUUAUUAAGCGCUCGUGAACUCUGGCAAAGAAUACGCCCUCUGUAUGUGAAACUACAAAAAUACACUUCGAUGAAAUUACGCGGGACGUCAACGAUAGGGGAGCCUCUGCCAGUGCAUUUACUUCAAUCUCUCACGGGAGAAGAUUGGUCGAAUCUAAUCGAAAAGUUAUUGCCGAAGCAUCACGAUAUUUAUCAGAAAGUUCACGCUAAUUUACAGUUGAAGGAUAUUGGAGGCUUAAAGGCUUUUAAGCAAGCAAAUAAUGUACUGAAUCAGCUAAAUUUUGGUGAAAUUCCUGAAGAAAUACUGUCGGAAUCCGUAUUUAAUGGUACCUGUCCGCCAACGAUAGUAGACUGGUGUCAACCAAACAAAGUUAGAUUUGUUUCCUGCAAAGACGUCAGUAUUCAAAACUACAUGGACGCCCAUGAAACAGCCAUGAAAAUAAAAUAUAAACUAAUAACAGCCUUACAUAGUAAUAAUACCUAUAUUUUAAGGGAAGCUCCUAGAUACUCAGCUGUAUACGAAGCGGUACCUGGAUUCGUAUCGUUACUGUCCUUGAAUCCUCACACAUUAGAUCGAGCGGGAUUGUAUCCGUUGGAAAGGUUUAACUACAAUCCGAACUACCAUCGUCUCGUUUUACAGCUUAUAAUAGCCUUGAGAGACUUACCUAAGUUAAAUUAUUACAUAGCGGCUGAUUUAUGGAGAUUAGAUGUAUUGAUGGGCAAAAUUCCUUAUCCAAAGAUAGAGGAAAGUUGGAGAGAAUUUAGGAAAAACUUUUCUCUGAUUGAAUCAUCGAAUGUUGAUAUUAUAGGAGAUCCCUACAUUUUAUUAAAUAAACCAUAUACUGGAAAAUUUCUAGGAAUUAUAUUGAAGUAUCAAAUUUAUCAGUCUUUUGCUGAAGAACUAAUAUCAGACGAUGCUGAUUUAAUCAAACAUGUUGCUGAAAAUAAUCAACGCUUAUUUGAUGUUAUGAUGCAGGGAUAUGUGUACUCAUGGCCUGAAAUGAUCAGUGAUUUAUUAGCGAAACGUGAAAAUGGACUAGAAGACACGGGACUUACAGAUUACUUUAGGCUUCUAGAUGAAUAUUUGGAUAACCAAUUAGAUCCAACUAACGAGAACAUGGCUGAAGAUUACGUUGAUCCACCGGUCGAACCGCACGAAAACGAAAUACCCGACAAUAUCGAAACGCCACUCAAACAAAACAAAGACGACAGCCGCGACAAACAUCACAAGAAAACACACGAUGAUAUACAAGAAAACAUAAUUGAAACUGAUGAAGAAAGUAAUUCAAAGUACGAAACAUCAACAGUUGGAGUUUUAGAAAUUAAGAAUCCAGUUGCGGUUGGAGAUACAAAUGAUAUCGAUAACCCUAAAGUAGCUUCGUAUCACGUGUAUUGGUGGAUAGGUGUGGCCGUUGCAAUCGUUGUUAUUGUGAUAUUGGUAGGGGUAAUAGCGAGAAAACGAAGAAAUCACAGAAAACAACUAGAAAGACAGAGGAGGCAGAACACACGAGCUUGAUUCGAAGAGUAUCGGUUCUAGAAUCGGAACCGAUACUUGAUGUUAGUGAGAUUGUGCCAAUAAAAGAACUAACGAAACUGUUGUGUGUUUGACGUUGUUUAGUUCGAGACGAACGUUGUUUGAAGUGAACUUAUUUAUUCUUCUCUAUGGUGCUGUAUCCCUUAUAGAUUCCGUUUCAAACGUUGCAUUUAUGUUAUUUACGUGUGUGUGUUCGUCUGUAUCGUUUGCAACUGUAAUAUAGUCGUAGAUAGAAGAUGAAAAAUAUUUUUGUACAUAUCACAAUUUGAGGUUUAGUAUAACGAUGGUUACCAAGUGUCUACGAUAGUUUAUAUUAUAGUUAGAUGUAAUUCGCCGUGCCUUAAGCGUUUCAAUUUCUUAUAAGUAAUAUAAAAAGAAAUGAUCAAAUUUGUAAUAAAUAUGAUAAGAUAAUUUUAUAAACCUCUACGAGUAUGAACUCUUCUCUCAGACCAAGCUCUUAUAUGUGUUUACGCAUGUCUUCAAGUUUUGAUGUUAUCAAAUGUUUUAUUGUUAAUGAAAUAACCGAGUAUUUAAUUGUGGAUUGGUAUAUUUUUAAUCUAGUACAUUUUAUUUAUUGUAUUACUAACGGUAAUGUUAGUAAAGCAUGGUAUUGUAAAAAUGUGUCAAAUUUUAAACAAAUGAAUCGAAAAUAAAUGUUCGAAACAUA